AGAUGCACCCAUCCGAACACCACGAGGUUUGUUUACACUCGAGUCAGCUGAUCAGUCCCACUCACACAGCUACUAGUACUGACAUUGCAGAGAAAUGAGUGGUGUACAAGGCAUCAUUGUUUGUGGAGAAGCCUCGGAAUCAGAUGAGGAGGAGGAAUUUUGUGCGGCAACAGCAAGAGGACACAGAGGUUUGACUCAGAAAUCAGCAGGAUCCACAGACACAAAGGGUCAGCAAAAGCCUCCAGAACCAAAGCACACGCAAAAGCAACAACGACCUCAGCAACAGCAAAAGAAAGGCCAUCAGUCUUUGUUGCAUCAAAAACUAUGGGAAGCAAAUGCAUCGAUGGAGAAGAACAUUGCCAAGGCAGUAUGUGGACCCCUGACCACUGAGACCACCCGAAUAUCACGUUUGAUCGCCUCCCUACCCGCUGCUCAGAAUUCAACUCUCACUGCCCAUGCAGCACUCGCUAAUGCUGCAAGGAACCUCUCGAAUUCCCACCUUUUGUUGGCUGCUCUCAACUGUAAUCCUCUAGCAUCUCUCCAGUCCCCAUAAUCCCUUCUUCUUUUCUUCUUUCUUUCUUUCUUUACUUCUUAGAAUAGUUUGUGUUUUUCCUUCUCUUUUUAGACUUGUUUCAUUUGUUAGUUUUUUUGUUUUUUUUUCUCUCUCUCUCUCUGUCUAGUCCUGGCAGAUUUUCUGCUUGAAAUACUGAAUAUUGAUCUUUAGGGACUGUAGUUAGUCUAAUGUAAUAAUUUACAUGUUUUAUUACUCUUUUCUAACAGAGGACAAAGCAAUAACUUUUUCACUACAAAGUUGUUAUUUGUACUUCAUUGAAUUUAUAUAAAACCUUUUGCUUUUAGGAAUAAUGAAAUCUUGUUGAAGGAAGGGUUAUUUUUGACUCCUUUUCGUGUGUGGUCAUAAAAUCUGCAAAUGUCAGAUAUCCUUAUGUGAUAUUCAUAUACUCUUAUGUUUAAAGAAUUUGCUUUAUUAUUUCUUUAUUAUAAUUAAUUACUUUAAGUAUUAAUAUCCAAAAAAUAUAAUGCAGUUGCAUGUAAUACAACUGAAACCACCUGCUUUCUUACUUUCUCAUGUUAUAUAUAAAUAAAUGGAUUUAUAUUUCUAGGUUUCUUAAUAAAAAUAGAUAGUUGUCUAUAUUUUUUAUGCAUACCAAGAUCAGGUAGAAGCUCAUUAUUAAUAUAUAAGACUGAUGUGUAUCACAAUAUGAGUUCUACUACAAAAAAACAUGAAUAAUAUAUAAGAUCUGCUCAUAUUACUAUUUUCAGUAUGAGAAUUAGUAACCCUGUUGGUUACAUAAUGUAUGUAUUGAAAACUUUAUAUAUAUUUAUUUUAUUACAAUAUUUAUUCAAAUAAUGAUGGUAAUCAAUAAUAAUAAUAAUAAUAACAAUAAUAACAAUAAUAAAAGUUAUGGCAGAACUUGCUACAGUAAGAGAUAAGAUAAACACAACAGCUUUGUAAGUAAAUCUAUGGAUAUGGCUUUAAAGGGAGAAAAAAAUAUUGUUUCCUUUGUACUUGCUAUAACAAUCUGAUUCUCAUUCGUUGGGACCGAGAUUGAAUAAUCACUGACAAAUGGCUUACACCAUGAAUAUUUCUGUAGAAAUAGUACAAUAAUCUAAGAGUAACCAGCAGAUGUUGUGAUGUGAAAGAAAAGCUUUUGAUUUUGAUUUUGUCAGUGAAUCUUUUUCUUCACAGGCUGCCAAGAGGUGACAGUAAUGUUUUUAAAGGUUCAUAACCUUUAUUUUACUCUUUAGAUUCCAAAAGUAUGACUCCUUGUCUUGUGUGUAUUGAAAUACAUUAGAUUAAGUGAUUGUAUAGAGCUUUGAUCUGUCCUGGAUCUGCCAUCCAUUCAAGGCUGAUAAUUUAAAUCACAUUAAAAGGAAACAUUACAUUAUAUUUGCAUUAUAAUAUUGUCUUUAGCAAAUCAGAUUAAUAUGAAACAAAAUAAAUUUUAACUGUGCUUGCCUCUAGUCUGUGCCAAACUCUCUUCUCACUCUUGCCUUAGUUGGGUUAGUAACACUUCUUUAUAUUUGCUUUUUAUGGAACUUUCAUGUUCUUAAGUUUUCCAGGCCAUCUUAAUAACCUUGUUUCUUUUUACAGAGAAAGUAACUUAAAAGGAAAACUUUAUUUUUCAGACAUUAGUUGUACAGUGUUUAUAUGUAAGUGCCAUGAAGACUGAUACAGUCUUUUGCAAAAUUGUUCACUUCAAAAGCAUAUCAUUCCUAUACCUUUAUCUUUAUCUGCCUGUAUAGGUAUUUUUUAUGAAAUAUUAAAGCACCUUACUACAACA